AUGCGUACCGCUUUUAUCUUCGCAACUCUCGCCACCACCUUGGUGGCAUUGAACCCUCAAGCUGAGGGCGAGGCCAACACCAACACCCCCGAAAGCUCCUCCCUGCACGUCCCCCAGCGCGCCAGCUCACCCAUGGUACGCGUCGGCGAGGACACCAACAUCCCCGAAACAGGCGUCUCCCAUGACGCUAACGUCCCCGCGACCAAGCCCGACGCUGGAAAAGACACGGCCACGCACGUGGACAACAGCGGCGAGCGUCCCGAGGUUGUCACGGACUUGAAGACUCCGUCCGCCGAGGACUCAUCGAGCAAAGACGCGGACGCGGACAAGAACAAGCACGCGGCUGACGAUAAGGAGGAGGCAGAGGACGAGUCCCUCCCGGAGCUGGUGAACAAGUAUUUCCCGAAAGUUGGACAGCUGUUGUUCCCUACCAGCUCGAGUAGCGCGGUCCCGAGCCCGACGAUUGGUGCUGCGGCUGCGGCCUCAGCGAAAGGGGAGCUGUUCCAUUUCGACGAUCAGAGCGCUGAUCAGCAGUCCGGGGGCAAGAAGAGGGCUGUCGCGCCUCAGGCGGCUCCCGCGCCUGCUGUGACUGAGAAUGCGGGCAUGAUUGCAGAUGAGGAGGCUGUUUAUCGCACUGUGACGAAGACCGAGACGGAUUGUACGUGCGCGAGCUCGGUCAAUGGUGUGAUGGCGAAGGAGACUGGAGCUAGUGUUGUCCCUGCGCCGUUGCCGGUUCAUAGUUCGAACGCGGUCGUGGCGACGGAGAGUGUCGUGCCCAUGCCCAGUGGUGUGGAUCCCUUGGCUGCGACCCCGACUGCCGCGACUCACGUGCAUGCUGCCCUGACUGAGGAAAGUGCUGAGCCGAGUGUCCAUGGAGUGCGCACGGAGGUGACCUCCGGCUCGGUGCUUGUGCAUAGCGUCUCGACGCCGGCGAUUAGAUCGAUGACCCGUACCGUGGUGGCCUCGGCGACCCCGACGGCCGGUGUCGCGCACAGUGCGUUCGUGGGCGAGGUGGCUUCGUCGUCUGAGGCGUCGAUGCCGACGGGCGUGGAUCCCCAGCGGAACAGCAAGGAUGAACAGCUGUUCACUGGUGGCGCGGCGUGGACGGGCCCCCGCGAGAUGGUGGUGAUGGGAGUGACUGGAUUCUUGGCGGUGAUGAUGAUGCUGUAA